AUGCCGGGGCAAGACCCCAGCGAGGGUCCCGGCACUCACCCGAGCGGGUUCGGGUUUUCCCGGGCGAGUUCGGGUGGGUUCUGGGCCGAGUUCGGUUUCCCCCACACGGGUUCGGAUCCCCUCAGAUGGGCUCGGAUCCCUUCAGGCGGGCUCGGCUUCCCUCAGGCGGGUUCGGAUCCCCUCAGACGGGUUCGGGUCCCCCCGAGCGGGUUCGGGUCCCCUCAGGCGGGCUCGGAUCCCCUCAGGGAGGUUCGGGUCCCCUCAGGAGGGUUCGGGUCCCCUCAGGCGGGCUCGGGUCCCCUCAGGCGAGUUCGGAUCCCUUCAGGAGGGCUCGGAUCCCCUCAGGCGGGCUCGGGUCCCUUCAGGAGGGUUCGGGUCCCCUCAGGGAGGUUCGGAUCCCCUCAGGCGAGUUCGGGUCCCCUCAGGGAGGUUCGGGACCCCUCAGGCGGGUUCGGAUCCCCUCAGGCGGGUUCUGAUCCCCUCAGGCAGGCUCGGAUCCCUUCAGGAGGGCUCGGAUCCCGUCAGGCGGGCUCGGGUCCCCUCAGGAGGGUUCGGGUUCCCUCAGGCGGGCUCGGAUCCCCUCAGGCAGGCUCGGAUCCCUUCAGGAGGGUUCGAAUCCCUUCAGGGAAGUUUGGGUUCCCUCAGGCGGGUUCAGAUCCCUUCAGGAGGGUUUGGGUCCCCUCAGGGAAGUUUGGGUUCCCUCAGGGAGGUUCGGAUCCGCUCAGGCGGGCUCGGAUCCCUUCAGGAGGGUUCGGGUUCCCUCAGGGAGGUUCGGAUCCCUUCAGGAGGGCUCGGAUCCCCUCAGGCGGGCUCGGGUCCCCUCAGGCGGGCUCGGAUCCCUUCAGGGAGGUUCGGUUUCCCUCAGGGAGUUUCGGGUCCCCUCAGGGAGGUUCGGGUCCCCUCAGGAGGGUUCGGGUCCUCCCGAGCGGGUUCGGGUCCCCUCGUGCGGGACGCUCGCGGUUCGGGACGGUUCGGGUCCUCCCGAGCGGGUUCGGAUCCCCUCGUGCGGGACGCUCGCGGUUCGGGACGGUUCGGGUGUGUCCGGAGCGGUUCGGGUCCCCUCGGGCGGGUUCGGGUCUCUCCGCCGGGCCGGUCCCAGCCGUGUCACUCCGGGCGGUGCCCACCGGGGCGUGGCCAGGGUGUGACGUCAGGGGGUCCCGGGGAAUGACGUCAGGGCAUCACCACGCCCGGGGGGGGGCUCUGGGGGGUUUUGGUCGUUGCCGGGGGUAA